CCGAGAACAGCAGCAAAGAGUCAGAAUCUCUCCAGCACCUUCACGUGGAAGAUGUCUUCAGUCCGCGCCGCGUGCCUCCUUUGCGCAGCACUUUUUGCGAUGGUGAGGGGUUUCACCCACGAAGACAUGAAAGACGCUCUGCUGAAGAAACUGGGGCUCAGCGAAGUUCCGAAAAUCCACAAGAGGGAUCUGGAGAACCUUGUGGUUCCAGCGCACAUCAAGAACAAAUAUGUUUCCAUGCUGAAACUGCACCACGCAAGAAAACGCCGCUCGCUCCCGAGUUUAGCCGGCAUAUUGAGGGGGAUCCCCGGCAAUGCAGACAUCUCUGGUGAAUUUGUAUAUUCUGACACGACACGUCAACGUAUGGUGUUUGAGAUGACAUCAAGAAUCCCGGAGAACAGUGAGGUGACCAUGGCAGAACUAAAACUGUUCAAGAAAGCCCCACACAAGCGCUCCGUACCCGAGAGAAAGGGCCACAGGCCCGUCAACAACGCCCGGGUGAGCAUCUACUGGGUGGAACCUCUGAAAGACGGGUCAAACCGAACUUCACUAGUGGAUUCCAGGUUGAUUCCCAUUCACGAAACGGGCUGGAAGAGCUUUGAUGUCACCCAGGCGGUGCACUAUUGGUCGAAGAGCCGAAUGGAGAUGCCCAUGCACCUGGAGGUGUGGAUCGAGGGCGAGAGACCCGGCGGUUACGCGGCAGAAAUGGCCAAGUGCGUCCGUUUCACAGCUCAAGAUCCUAACGACAACACUCUGGGAAAACCCGAGCUUGUUCUUUACACCCUCAACCUCGAGGAAUUUGGGUCCAGUGGAGACUGUGAAACCAAUGCAGACAGUGAAAUGUGCUGCAGAGAAAAAUACUUCAUCAAUUUCCGCGCCCUGACUUGGACCCAGUACUGGAUCAUCGAACCUUCCGGUUACCAGGCGUUCCGGUGUAACGGCGGCUGCCGGCAGCCCAAGCGCAACUACGGCUACGGAGAGAGGAAGUGCGCGGUCGUGGAAAGCGCGCCGCUACCGAUGAUGUAUUUGGUGAAAAAGGGAGAUUAUACUGAAAUUGAGGUCGCCGAGUUCCCAAAUAUGAUCGUAGAAAAGUGUGGGUGCGCAACGGAUAAUAUUUCAGUCGUAUAAAAACGCUAUUUACCUACGACCACGUGACGCAAUGUACUUAAAAGCUAUAAGGCUAAAAAGAAAGGGUGUUGGCAACUUAACCCUUAGUGAGAUACCUCAAGCACUUCGUAUACAUUUGUAAAUAUUUCAAAAUCGAUAUGCAUUUAUUUUUGCAUUUGUAUAUAAUGCCAUAUUAAGUGAAAGACCGAUUUGUAGAUGUUAUAUUUUGAGCAGUAAA